AUGGAUAGUAACAUCAAAAUAAAGGGAGAAAUAGAGAAGGUAAAUGGAAAGGAAUUAAGCUACAAUGAAUUUGUUGAAAGAUAUAUGGAGAAGAACAAACCAGUGAUGCUAACUGGAUUAAUGGACAAUCAUUGGAAGGCUUGCACUGAUUGGGUUAACCCUAAUGGAAAACCUAAUCUCCAAUUUUUCUCCACUCAUUUUGGUUCCUCCAAAGUUCAGGUUGCAGACUGUGAUACCAGAGAUUUUACUGAUCAAAAAAGGGAGGACAUGUUGGUUUCCGAUUUCGUUCGACUUUGCUUUAAAUAUGAAGGUUCUGCAGUUCAGUGCAGUAAUCAAAUUGGUGUAAGUAAUGGUGACUCUGCAUCUGUACCGUAUUUGAAGGAUUGGCAUUUUGUGAAGGAGUAUCCUGAUUACGUACCAUACAUCACUCCGAUGUUCUUUUGUGAUGAUUGGCUCAACUUGUAUCUCGAUAACUUUAGAAUGAAUACUUAUUCCGACAGAGACCAGCAAAAUAAGGAAAUAUGUUGCUCUGACUAUCGUUUUGUUUACAUGGGAGUAAAAGGAUCUUGGACUCCUCUACAUGCUGAUGUUUUCAGGUCGUAUAGCUGGUCAGCAAAUGUCUGUGGAAAGAAGAGAUGGUUUUUUCUAGAUCCUUCCCAGUGCCAUCUUGUGUUUGACAGGAACAUGAAAAGCUGUGUAUAUAAUAUCUUUGAUGAAGUAUCUGACUCAAAGUAUCCUAGUUUUAAAAAGGCUAUCUGGUUAGAAUGCACACAAGAAGCAGGGGAAAUCAUAUUUGUUCCUAGCGGAUGGUAUCACCAAGUUCAUAAUUUGGAGGAUACAUUAUCUAUAAACCACAAUUGGUUCAAUGCCUAUAACCUUUCUUGGGUGUGGAAUUUACUUUUAAGGGACUACAAUGAGGCCAAGGAAUACAUAGAAGAUAUCAAGGAUAUAUGUGAUGAUUUUGAAGGUCUCUGCCAGCGCAAUCUUGCUGCUAAUACAGGGAUGAAUUUUUAUGACUUCUUUACUUUCAUUUCAUACUUCACCUUGGCCAACUUGGUUCUGCUUUGCUACAUAAAUAGAAGAGAUGGAAGUACAACUGGAAACUCGUCAAGAGUAGCUCAGCAUUUAUCCAUGAAUAUUGGGUCUAUUAGGAAGAUUGCAUCAGAGAUGAAACAUGGUUGUGGUCUAGAAGGGAAUCAUGACUGUGUUGUGGAUAUGAUAAAAACAUUUGAAGAUCCUAGGUUUUCCAAAUUCUGCAUGCAGGUGGGAAAAGCAUAUUUAAUGAUACACGGGCAAUCCAAUUUGUUCUCUGAUUCAGUGGGUGCUUCCAUGGUUGAUUUGGUGGAUCUCGGUGUUUUGGAAGCACACACUUCUUCUCAAGUUUAUGCACCUGAAGACCUCAUCAAAUUUAUAGACAACGCCAUUGCAAAACUGGACGACUUUUACAUCAAGUUAUCUGUACAGCAUGUUGCUUGA